CUCUUUCUCCCCUUCACACAUUCAUCAGAUUUCAGAAGGAGCUUCACUUACCUGGAUAUGGAAGUCUUCAUUCUGCUACUCCUCGGCAUUGGACUUUGCCAAGCCGCUCGAGACAAAUUGGACAGAAAUGAUCCAGAAGUUGUCGAUGCUGUGGCUGGAGCAAUAACAGCACUUAAUGAAGACAGAAGUCAUGGAAAUAAGUUGGCCCUAGAUGCCAUCCUUCAUGCCUACAGAAUAGCAGAUCCUAGGAAAAAAUUCCUUAUCAACUAUCACGUAAGAGAAACCGUGUGUCCAAUUGCUGUGGAUAAGCCUUGGCAAAAGUGUGAACUUUUAAGGACCUCAAAAGCACACUCUGGAAACUGCGUAGCUAACAUUGACAUUAAUGAAUCAGAACAGUUUACCUCCAUUUCACAAAAUUGCAAAAUUAGCCAAGGACAGAAAAACAUAGAACAAUCCCAUUGGGAAUUUGUGGAUUUGAGUCAAUGCGUAGGUUGUUGGCAUCGCAUAAAAACUCUUAGUCCAAGAGUGCUUCAUAUUGUGAGACACACCGUGCGGCAAUUUAACAAUCAGAGUCAAUACUCUUCCUUAUUUGGCUUUCCAGUAAUAAAUGAGGCUGAAAGUCAGGUGGUUAAUGGAGUGAAUUACCGUUUUAAAUAUUCCAUAAAAGAAACAAAUUGUUCCAAGAAGGAAUUUGUGGAUUUGAGUCCAGAAUGUAGACCCCUUUCUGGAGGUCUAAAUGUUUUCUGUAAAGCUAAAGCCUACAUUGACAAUAGAGGCAAACUCAUCCAUUCAGAAGUGGAAUGCAGACUGGAAGCUGAAGACAAUAUGAGAACUCUUGCCCAAGUGUGCCCUGGUUGCCACAGCCCAAUUGCACCAGACAGUCAAGAACUGAAGAGGCAUCUAGAAGCUGUUGUGAAAUUAUUUAACAUCAAAAGCAGCAGUGACUUUUAUUUCAAAAUUGUGGAUAUAACAAAGAUAUCAGGACAGAUGUUGAUUGGACAUGUAUAUCGAAUUGACUUCAAAGCUCAGAGAACAAAUUGCUCCAAGGCUGAAGUUGAGAAGCCAGAUAAAAACUGUCAUGCUGUAAAAGGCGGUGAACUGAUGACCUGCCAUGCCUUAAUUUAUGUAAAACCCUGGGAGCCAUCAGUCGUACCAGAAGUGACCUGCACAGACAAUCAACCUUUCCAGGCUCAUGAAUUGGGAGAACCCAAAAUUUUAGAGGAUGAAUUUAACGUCUUUCAUGAUUAUGAGGAACAGAAUUGGUAAAGAAAGGAAGAAAGAAGGCAGUGAGCUAUUUCUCCACUCUUGGAAAUGAUGAUGUUCUUGGGAUUUCUGACUGCAUAAAA